AAUUUCAGGCGUCCCAAGCUUAAUAACAGCUCUUUUUUUGUUCAAAAAAAUAGAUUUUCUGUUUAUUCGAAAACCAAAACAAAAACAAAAGAAAUGGAAAUGAAAGUGCUAAAACACGAGCAAGCUAUGUCUGAUCAAGAGGAAAGUUACGAGGCACACAUACAAUGCGAGAUUUGCGGGAACUUCUUCGAGCUCAGUGGUAAUCAAAGAUCUCGUGAAAAAUGCCCCAAAUGCGGCCACUUGCAAGACAUUGAAGACCGCACAUUUGUGUACGAACAAAAUGACGACGAGGGUCUUUGCGAAGUAUGUGGUCUUAACUUCGACAACAUAAGUCAACACGAAAAGAUCCAUCAGGAAUGCUCACAGUGUGGAUACAUUCCGCUCACGAAGGAGGAAAAGGUGAAACAUUCAAAGUUAUGUGGCAAGCUGCAGAUUCAUAAAGUUCCAAAAUCCGAGGUAAAAAUUGAGACUGACAAGGAGACCCUGGAGGAAAUGUAUCUUAUAGAGGUGCUAACAGAGCCAAUAAUGGAAGACGUGAUUAUCCAAAUCGACUCUGAAAAUGCAGAAAACGAAUCGUGCAUUCAACAAGUAGAAGUGCCCCAGAAACCAACGAGUUUAAAGUACAAAUACAAGUGCAAGUCUUGUACAUACAUUAGCACAAAGCAAAAUGUAAUUCGACACGGAAAAGUUUGUUUGAAGAGAACAAUUGCACAUACUUGUACAAAAUGCGAACCAAACAAGGUCUUCUCAACGAUGAAAGCUUUGAAGCAACAUCUCAAGGAUGUACACGAAGGAAAAAGUCACAUAUGCAAGAUCUGCUCGAAAGGCUUUGCACGCGGUAGUAAUCUAAAGAGACAUGAGAAAUGUCACGAACGACGAACAUAAACAAUAUGCAUCGAUUACAUAUUACCUAAUUACUAUAUUGAUUAACUUCACACCUGAAAUAUUUUUCUUUUUGCUUUAAUAAAUAAAUUUGUAUUUGUAAUA